AUGUACUAUUUGUGUUGCCUUUGGAUUUAAGUUAGCACAGAAUGACGUCCAUUGACAAUGUGCGUGUGCUGCUGCAGUCUCUGCCAGCAGCAUCGCCUGCCGUCGGCAACAGCAACAACAAUGCACAGCAAAAUGAGUCGACGCCGGCUAAACUUGGCGCUGCUGCAACACCAUUGCGCGCGAGAAAUACCCAGCAGCAGCAACAACAGCAGCAACAGCAGCAGCAGCUGCAGUUGCAAGCACAUCCACAAUUUUUUUAUGGUACGCCGGAAAAAUCAACAACUGGGGCCAGUGUUGGUGGCAAGCAGCUCAGGGCGCCGGAGGAAUUCUGGCGUGAUCUGCACCAGUUUCACGAGCGGCGCGGCACUCCGCUGACGCAGGCCGCCAAGAUAAGUGGUCAGCACGUGGAUUUAUACCGGCUGUACCAGGAGGUCACGGAGCGCGGUGGCUUUAACAAAGUGAACAUGCGCGAUGAGUGGGACGAGGUGUACAGCGCGCUGGACACGCUGCGGGAUCGUUGCGUUAAUGGCACCGCUGGCAUUAAGCAUAUCUAUCGUCGCUAUUUGGACAAAUACGAGCGUCUGAACUUCUUGGGUGAGGAUCCCGACAAGCUGGAGGCCUUGGAGGCGGUCAUCGAGUGCGCUGAUCUGGGCGCCAGCGCCAGUCGUGCGCGUUCACGUGCCUUGGCCGGCGCCAGCGUCGGGGGUGUAGGUGGCAGCUUAACUGGCGGCAGCUGGGGCAGCAUUUUUGGCAUGCCGCACUCCACGCUGACGGCCGUGCCCAUGGCGUAUAACCAGCGCCAGCAUAUGGUGAAUGCGGAUCGCCGACGACAGUACAAAAUGUCGACACAGCUGCACAAGCACAGCAGCUAUGAGAAGCUGCUGUUGUCGCUUAUCUCACCGCUGCCCAACGAGCAGGACUUUGCCAUCAAUGUGUGCACGCUGAUGGCCAAUGAGCAGCGUCCAACGCUGCAGCUGAACGAGUGCCCCAAGCUGUUGGAUGUGCUGCUGGCGCAUUUGGGCGUCUAUGCGGACUACAGCAUGCGCCAGCUGUUCCAGCAUGGGCACAACAAUGCCGGCAUGCAGGUGCGACGUCACUCGAAGCUUAAUUUCUGGCGGGACUUGCUCUACGAUAAGCCACAAAUUCUGGACCUCUACACGGACGAACAAGCCUGGCUGGACAAUGGACUGAUCAACAUGGAGAGCGACGCAUGCAACGAUUAUCUGUUUCAAUCGGAUGAGCUCGAUUUCGAGCUGGACUUUUUAAAUUUACGUCGAAGUCAUGGCACGGAUGAGCGCAUUGGCCAGCGUGUGCUGCAAAUUGUUCAGCUAUUGCGCAGCUUGAGUUUUCAUCAGGACAACGUUACUCUGCUCGCCUCCAAUCGUACGCUCUGGCGAUAUCUGGUCAUGGGUGCCAAUGUUCGUUGGAGCAACAUCCACAUUCAGGCCCUGGAAACGGCUGGCAAUUUGGCGCAGCAGUUUGACCUACUGGAUCCUGCCACGGACGAGCUAUCGCGCAAUCUGCUGGCCACGCUUUGCGAGGGCGUCGAAUCGAAUGAUCGCGCUGUCAUCAUCAGCUGCCUAGAGAUACUCUACAAACUGUGCGGACGCGAGGGCAAUGCCCAGCACAUAAAUCGUUGUCUUGGCUUGGAUUUCUAUCAGCGUGUGAUGCUGUUGCUCUCGCUGACCGAUGUGAUGCUUUUGAUCUUCACGCUGGAGGCGAUCUAUGCGUUGAGCUCUUUGGGUGCGCGUCCCUGCUCGAUGUUGAUGCAGGUGCGCGGUCUGCUGGAUCAGCUGGUGGCCUUACUAACCGUCGAGGCGCAAUCAUAUGGCGCGGCUGGCUGCAUUUUGAUGCGCGUCGUGGAGGUGGUGCCGGGUAAUAUGUUGUCCACACUGGCACAGACCAUACCGGGCACUCAAAUGACACAGCUGAUGACGGCCAAGCAGCCACAGCAGCCAGCGCCGAUUGCUGCACUGCCGCCGCCAGCGCCAACACAGGUCCAAGUGUUACCGCCACAGCCGGAGACCGUUUCGGUGUCUGUGCCUGCGCCUGCUCCAACGCAUACGCCCGCGCCCGCCGCUGUGUCCCUGCCUGUGCCUAGUUUGCCGCAGGUGCAGCUGCCUGUGCCCAGUUUGCCGCAGGUCCAGCUACCGCCACCGCCAACCCAACAAGUAUCGAUGCCUGCUCCAGCGGCCGGCACAGUUAUGCUGCCUGGAUCGUUGCCCGCAGCGCCCUCAGCGCCGCAAAGCUUUACCCAUGAUGAUGAGACCUAUGCGCUGGCCUGGCUGGGUGCCACCUACGAGCGCGCCGGCAAUGGUCAUGAGUAUCGCGUAGAGCAACAGGAGCUGUACACCAUUUACCUAUCGCACUGCCAGAAGGCGGGCAAGCUUUCGGUGGUGAAUCGACUGCAAUUUCCGCGUCUCGUGCGGCUCAUAUUCAAUGCGAGCGUUGGUCCAGCCAUUGUGCGCCAAAUGGACGGCACCGAUCUGCCCGGCACGCACUAUGUGGGCAUAAGGAUGCGUGCUCAGCCUUUACCCAUGCAGCAGCAGCAUCAACAACAGCAACAACAACAACAGCAGAAGGCAGCAGCAACGGCGACGGCAACAGCUGCCAAAAAGGAGCCAGCGCUGGUGACCAAAUCAGAGACAACAGCUGUAGACGCAUCUGAUGAAGCUACAGGCUCACAGACGCCCAGCUCCUCGCUGAUUAAGAGCCUGCUGGCAAAUAAAGUUAACGAGCGGCAGCUGAAACAAAAGGCCCAGGCCCAACCGCCUGCGCUGGUGGCCACCACAGCCUCAGCCACGGGCUCCCCGGCCAGCCAACCCAUUAAGGUGACCUCCACGGCAAUUAGCGCCUUUGUCAACAAUCCGCUGAUGCAGCACACGCCCGUAAAGGUGGGUCAAACCACCAUAAAGCCGUUGCAUCCGCAGCUGGCGCUGGAGAAGAAGCCAAUGACGGACUCAGCACCACCGCCGCUGGCACCAUUAAGCGGCUCCAAUGUGCUUACGAAGGAUGCGCAGGGGCGUACCGUAAUUAUACAAUCCAAACGCAAGCUGACCAUCGAUGAGGAGCAAAACAAGCGACUGGCAUUGGAUAGCAGCAGCAACACGCCCGCUGGCAAGGAUGAGCCGCAAGUGACGCCCUCUAAAAAUGCGGCCAAUCUCUACGCAGAUUUGGCUGCUUCGAUACUAGAAGAUGAGGAUUUGGACGAUGUGCCGCCGCUGGCAGCGUCCAGUCAAGAGCAGCAGCAGACAACUCUGCAACAACAACAGCAGCAGCAGCAACAACAACAACAACAUCAGCAGCAGCAUCAGCAGCAACAUCAGCAGCAGCAUCAACAACAACUGCAGCUCAUACCCGCCAAGGUGCAGCCCACACAGCGUCAGCUCAUCUUUCCCGCUGGCAGUGCGGGAGCGCCACCGCCGCAGCUGAAAUUGGCCACCACGGCGACCAUUAAAACGGACCAGGGCUUGCAAACGGUGCCGGUCAUAUUGCAGAAGACAGAGCAACAGCAACAGCAACAACAGCAGCAGCCGACGCAAACACAAUAUGUGCUGGCCACCAAUCAGCAGGGACAGACCUAUCUGGUGGCACAGCAAACGGCGCCAGUGGCAGCGGCAGCCAAUGCGCCGGCCACGCCCACGCUGCUGGUUACCCAAGCGGCGCAGCAGCAGACCAAAACAAUUAUCAUAUUGCAACAGCCGGGUGUCAGUGCCAGCAAUGUGCCCGGCACACAGAAGGUCAUAAUGACCACAGCGCAGGGUCAACAGGUGCUGGUGACAACAACGACAGCGCCUGCGGUCGGCCAGCCACGGCCCGCAACCCAAGUCCAACAGCAGCUGCAGCAACAGCAACAAAUCUUUCUAAAUCCGCAGCGUGCGGUGCCCGCCGCCUUGGGUGCUGGUCAAAUGUCGCCCUCGCUGCUCUCGCAACUCAAUCAGAUACCCGCCACCAUUAAGCUGCAUCAGCCGCAGCCGUCGCAAUCGCCACAGCUGCAUCGUGGCGGCAUUGUGGCCACCAAGACAGCGCCCAUACCGCAGCUUCAGCAGCAUCAGUCUAUUAUACAGCAGCAUAUCAUCUCCGGCCCGGCGGCAGCGGCAGAGAAGCGGCAGCUGCUCCUAGGCGGCAUCAAGGAGACAACGCUCAUCACACAAACGCCCGCCACGGCUGCCCCACUGCAGCAGAGUCAACUUAACUCGCAGACAAUCAUUACCACACAGCCGCCGGCAGCUACCACACCGAUUGUUGGCGCUGCACUGCAGCAGCAACAGCAGCACAUACGCAGCGUGCUCGAGCAGCAGCAGCAGCAUCAUCCAUCCAUAAUACAGCAGAAGAUAACUAUGCCCACAGUGCUAACGGAGACGGUCAAAGCUAAAGCUGCGCCAGCAGCAGCAACCAUUGCCAAGAAGCCAAUGGCGCCACCAACGCCUUCGCUGCCUGCGCAGCAACAACAGCAGCAGCCGGUGCAAAUGCCAGCGCUGAAACCCACGCAACAACUACAACAACAAACGCAGUUGGUCAGCAGCGAGUCGAAGCCCAGCAUUAUGAUUGAAGCCAAGCCGGCGGAGCAAUCCACAAUUACAGCAACAGCAACAGUUGCUUCAAUGCCAGCAACAGCUGCAGCAGCUGCCACAGCUAUUGCCUCCACCACAACAACAGCAACGAGCAUUGUUAGCAAUAGCAAUCCAACAGCAGCCGGAGCAGCUACCAGCGCUGUGCCCGUGGAUGUCAAUUGGCUGUUCAUUUGCGAUUGGCGCAAUUGUCCGCGUCGCAAAUUCAAAUCGCUCAACGAGCUGCAGCACCAUGUCUGCAAUGUGCAUUGUCCGGAUCAUUUGGACACCGGCGCUGAGAUCUAUUGCCAGUGGGGCAGCGGUCCCAGCUUGUGUGACAACAUAGCCCGUAAGCGUUACUCACUGAUGACGCAUCUGGUGGAUCGUCAUUUGGCCCUGGAUGAUCUGCGUGCGAGCGUGCAGCGUCGCCUUGCCACGGGCAUACACAAUGUGGCGCCCACCCAGCCAACGGUCACAAUUGUGCGCAAUGUGGGCAAUGCCAGCAAUGCGCCAGCAUCAACAGCGGCAACAACAGCAGCUGCUGCUGCGCCAGCGACAACGGCCACGGCUGUGGGAACCUCGGCGCUGCAGGCAAUUAAACGACACUCGGCCGACUUUCUCAACUCCAAGGAGCUGUUGGAUGAGAACGAGGGCCCAGUCACAAAGAGCAUACGCCUCACGGCGGCGCUGAUAUUGCGCAAUCUGGUCAAUUACACUUCGACGGCCAAGCGCAGCCUCAAGCGGUAUGAGCCGCAUCUGGCCAAUGUGGCAUUUAGCAAUGUGGAGGCCAGUGGUGUCCUCUCCCACAUACUGCACGAGCUCAGUCAGUAAUCUCCCCAACUAAUCAACUAUCUAAAAAAAUAUAUAUAUAUAUAGUAUAUGCAUAUACAUAUAAACAUAUUUUUCUACACCUCACGCUGCGCUGCUAUACAAAAAAAAAACUAAAUAUUUAAACAAUUAUUUCUAUUAACUAAUGACAUU